CACCGUAGCUAGCUAAGAUGGACGUGAGAAAAGCAACAAUGGCCCUUUCUAAUAUCCUAGGAAGUCCGAUACGCUCCCACUUCCCUUUUCCCAGCAGUGGUAUCAACAUCAACAAUGGCUCUUUUGGGUCCUGUCCAUACACUAUCAGCGAAAGCAUGCACAAUUAUCAACGGCAGAUUGACGCUCAGCCAGACAUCUAUCUACGAUACAGAGUCCCUGGUCAGAUUGAUAAAUCGCGUGCCGCUGUGGCGGGGUUGAUAAAUGCCGAUGUCGACAAUGUGGUCCUCAUCCCUAAUGCUACGACAGGCGUGCACACGGUUCUAUGGAACUUACAGUACGAGCCAGGAGACAAAAUUGUUUAUUUGAGCACUACAUAUGGUGCUUGUGAGAAAGUCAUUGAUUAUGUUACCGAAAAGGUGACCGGUGUGGAAGCAGUAAGGGUUGAUAUACAGUAUCCUAUGUCCAAGGCGGAGAUCUUGGAAAAGUUUGAGUAUGCAAUCAGCCUGCAAGGAGUCAGAGUCGCCCUUUUCGAUACCGUUUCUAGUAUGCCGGCAUUCAGACUUCCGUUUGAAGAAAUGGUUUUGCUCUGCAAGAAGUAUAAUAUUCUCAGCUUGAUUGAUGGCGCUCACGGUGUUGGAUGCAUUCCACUUGACUUGCGUCAAUUGGAUGCUGACUUUUUUGUGAGCAAUUUACACAAGUGGCUGUUCACGCCUCGCUCUUGCGCCCUUCUUCACGUACCAGCUCGAAACCAGCAUCUCAUAAGAUCAUCCCUCCCAACUUCACACGGAUACAUGCCAAUUGACAAACCUGGGAAAGCAAAAAUCAACAACCCGCUUCCAGCGAGCGAUAAAUCAUACUUUGUGCAGUCGUUUGAGUUUGUCGGCACACUAGACUAUUCACCCUUUCUGUGUGUGUCUGACGCAAUCAAAUACCGCGACUUGGUCUGUGGCGGAGAAGAAGAGAUUAUCAAGUAUUGCAUCACGCUCGCUCAACGAGGAUCGGAAAGAGUUGCGGAAAUCUUGGAGACAGAGGUUAUCGGCGAGGCAGAGCAGAGGGAAUGUCCGAUGGGGAUGGUGAGGCUGCCAAUUGACAUAUCUCGCAACGAUAUAGCCGAGGGGAAAGGGAGGUCGAUUGGAGCAUGGAUUGAGAAAGUCAGUGCUGAGGAGUACGACGCUUUUGUACCGGUGAUUUUGCAUUCUGAGAGUCUGUGGGUUAGAUUGUCUGGGCAGGUAUAUUUGACACUAGAGGAUUUUGACAGAGUUGGUAAGAUGUUGUCUGGAAUAUGUAAAAGGGCUGCAACUGAUAUGUGUUAAAAUACACUAUACAUAAGAGCAUAAAUAGAAAACUAUCGGGUAACUUGUGUAAGAUCAUUGUAUACACCAGUUGAUAUGAUGGAACAGUUGA